AUGGCGGAUACACUUCCCAUCGGAUAUCGAUUUUGUCCGUCCGACGAACAAGCCAUCUCCUAUUGCCUUGCACCGAAGGUGAAGGGGGAUGUAGUGUUUCCAGAAUUGAUCCACGAGUUCGAUGUGUAUGAAAAGGAGCCAUGGAAAUUCUUCGACAAGAACGCGGAAGAAAGCUUGUACGUCUUCACCAAGCUCAAGAUGAAGAAGUCUAGAGUGGAAAGAACGGCAGGUUCGGGAUACUGGAGGGGAGCACAAAGCAGUGACGUCAAAGAUUGCCAUGAUAAUGUCAUCGGUCUAAAGAAACACUUGAACUUUAAAGUGAAAGACGGCUCAUCUUCCAAUAGCCAAAACACCGAGAAAGGAUCUUGGAUUAUGCAUGAGUACUCCGUGCCUAACCAAGAGCCGCCGCCGCCCGCCCGCCGCUGCACGACUACCGGCCGCCGACCAUCACCGCCGACCGCGCCGCAAGCCCAUCGGCCGUCGAAGGCGGCCAUGGGAGGGGGUGGCCAAUGGGCUUGCGGCAGCGGCGGUGGCGGGCGACAAGUGGUGGGCGACGACGGCCGGAGACCGACAACGGCAGCAAUUGCGACCGACGGUCACUGUGAUCGAUGGCCGGCAGUGGCGGCGUCAGUGGUGGCCAGCGAUGACUCCGAGCGGUUGACGGUGGCCGCGAGAUUUCGCUUCGCGGAAAGCUUGCUGGAAAACGGAUUCGGGGGAUUUCGAAUUUGUAGGGGAAAGUGCGGGAAAAUGUGUGAAGCGAAUCGAGGGAAAGUGCCGGGGAAGAGAUGUGAUCCCGCUUUCACGGUUUUGCCCUCCCCCGGUUUCGGGCCGUUCGAGAGAAUCGCCGCCGGCUCUCGAGGGGCGUCGUUGGAAAUUCGCGUCGAGCAAAGAAUUUUGAACUGUCUUGCAGGACGCGGCAAGCGGGCUGGGCUCCUCCGGAUCUGGGCUUGGGCCUUUUCUUUGGGUUAG